AUGCCUAUUUACUUUGCUGGACUCGAAGUCGACGGACUUGGAGUGGACGCGAUAGAGAUGCUGGCUAGUGUCUCCUCUUUUGGAAUGAUCCCUCUGGUACGUGCAUUCCUGAAACCGCCAACAAAGGGAGUCAUCCUGCAGACAUUUGGUGCCGGUAAUAUGCCGACGAGGCGAAAGGAUAUCAUUGAAGCUUUAACCGAAGCUAUCAAAAGAGGGUGUCUUGUCGUCAACUGUUCUCAGUGUGUCAAGGGGCAAGUUGACGUGAACUAUGCUACUGGAAAGGUGCUCUAUGAUAUCGGUGUGAUACCUGGAUCAGAUAUGACAUCUGAAGCAGCAAUGGCUAAAAUGUGCUAUGUAUUGGGUAAAGACGAAUGGGAUCACGAGACUAAGCGAAUGAUGCUUCAAGCAAAUCUUCGUGGUGAAAUGACCGUCACCAACAAGGCGGCAAAAAUGCGUGAACUUGAUAUCAUUCCCCACAUCGCUAGAUGUCUACGAUUAUCAUCCGGUAAUGAGGUGAAACUGAUUCGCGAUACUAUACUUCCGCCAUUACUUUGCAAUGCAGCGAAGACGAAUAAAGUGGAAAUCCUCAAAAAUGUCCAGUUUACUCAUUUGCUUCGAAGUAGUGGUAUUCCAAAGAAUCCUGCCUAUUCAGUCUGGAAACUCCGAUAA